GAGAGAAGGGGGCGACAGAUAUAUUUAUUUGCACACAGCGAGAGAGAGAUAGAGAGAGAGAGGGGCGGUUCAAGUAUUAAUUAACUUUUAGAACAAUUUCUUUAAUGCCAGAAAGAGAGAGAGAGUGGCUUGAUGCGGUAAUCCCCAGUUUGCGUACAGUAGUAAACUCAUAGGGACGGAACGGAAGGGAAUUAUCCAUCUUCUCUCUCUCUCUGAAUUAGAAAAAGAGUUUCCAGUUCCGCUGUCCCCAGCGAUCAGAUUCCCCUUCCUUUUCCCUUCUUUAAGUUUCCCUUUUUGUUUUCUCUUUCUCUCUCUCUCAAGCCCUAGAGGUUUGAGACUUCUUUGCUUGAUCAAGUGGGGGGUCGGGGUCGGAGUUUCGAGAAUGAGAUCUUCGUUGACGCCUGCAACUCCCCCAAUUCUCCUACACAGCUUUAUUUCGUGAGCUGGUCAUUUAAUUUGUUUUCUUUGAGAAUGAGAAGUGGCUGGGAUUGGGAUUUGCAAGUUGUACGUGGACACCAAGCUUACAUAAUCUUCGGGACAAAUCUCAGAUUUUUUUCUUCAGUGGAUGACGGCUCUUUCCGUGUCUUCAUUGAUUCCAUGAAUGGGGCUUGAAGUACUGUUGGAAAGAUCCUGGCAAAACACGGUUAUAUUAAACAAUGCAAGGUCUGAUAUAAGAGUUGGCACUCUGUUUGAUUUUCAUGAGAACGGAAUGUUGACAGGAGGUGAUUUUAAUCUUAAUUCCACCCAAAAAUAUUCGGAUUCUCUCAAGGAAUUUCUAAAGCAGACAAUGCUCCACCAUGAGGCAAUAUUUAAGAACCAGGUCCACGAACUCCAUCGUCUAUACAGGAUUCAGAAAACCUUGAUGAAGGAUAUUAGCUGGAGGGACCUUGAUGGAUAUAAUUCAUGGACAGCAAACACACAACCAGUCCAGUUACCAUUUCAAGAUUUACCAGCACAAAGACCAUUGGUAGAAGAGAGAACCUUUUCUGCACCUCCCAUGGUGAGCCCUAAACUGAUUGCAAACCAGGAUAUGUUGGAGCAGCAAAGCACCUACACUAAACUUCAGCACGGACCUGUUGACCUUCAACUCCCAGCCGACGAAUACAUUAGUCAUGUAGGCAACGGACUUCCUAGGAAAAUGAAUUUAUGGCCAUCCCUUGGAGAAUCCACUGAAGCAAUGGAUUUUUUUCAUAGUAGUUAUUCUUCUGAUCCAGAGGUGGUAAAGCUUUCCCUGAAUGGUGGAGAGGGCCAAAGUAAGGAGAUUUCCAAUAGAAAAAUGUCCAACAAAAAGACUUCUUUUUCUACCCAAGUUGUCAUUGAUUUGGAAGAAUCAACUGAAAUGUUAUCAGACAAGGAGCUAAAACCAUUACGUUUCCUUGUAUCUGAAGCUCCAAAUUCCGUAGAUAAGCAUGAGGCCCAAGUUUCUGUUCUAGCUGAGCCAAGCUUUUCACUUAGAACAAAGAAAGAUGUAGGUCAUGGGCUUUCCGUAAAUUGCUCUGUUGCAAAUUGCACUGAGGAUAGUGAAGAGCAGAAAUCCUUGUUCAUGGAUACUGGAUUGAAUGGAAGUCAUUCCAGUAGUCCAUUUACCAGGCUGUUCGCCAACAAGCAACAAUCAUCUUCAGACAGCACUGCACAUUUGGAUCUUAAUGCAGUUCAGCUUGAUGAGUCUUCUUGUUUGUCAAAUGAUCCUGCAGUAUCUGUUCCUUCUCUUACAGCAAGACCACAAGAUGUUUUCCAGGGAUGCAGUGAUGCAUCCUACAAAGGAACUCAGCCUAUCACUUGUUGGAAACUUCAGAACUAUCACACAAGUGGAACUUCUUAUGUGUUUGAGAAAGAGAAUUCUACUUAUUCAGGUUUGAUAGAUUCUAAGGGAAAAGAUUGUAGCAAUCAAGCUUGUGAUGAAAAUGACAAGCUCAAGUCAAGCUGUGGAAUUAAGAGAGUUGCUAUUGAUCUAGAGUCUCUGCCUGAGGAUGCUUUAGAUGCAUGUGAAAACUUGAGCAACAACACUGGUAAGUCCUCCAGAGAAAAUGUGGACUUGUUGCUGGGACUGCCUAAUGGUUUUCAAUAUGAUAAUCAAACGGGUUCUUCAACCACUCCUUUCUCUAAGCUAGUAGAAAAUCAUCCCUAUGUAUCAAGUAAUUUGGGUUUACCCCUAGCAGCAGGAGAAGUAAGAGUUGGCCCAGUAAACUUUGACAAGAGUGAGGAAGAUACAGUAUCUUCAAGUCCUUGUAAAAGUCAGGUCGUGAUUCAAGAUGGACAUUUUGGAGCAUCUAAUGCUGCAGGCAAGUCCAAUUAUGAGACUGACAACAACUCUAGCAGUGUAAAGGACUUGCAAUCUGGAACAGAGGAUAAACACCAGUUAGAGGUUUCAAAUCUUUCUGCCUUUGAGGAGUCUGGAACUACUCAACUAGGAUCUCAAAUUGCAGAGGCUCUCUCUUGCGAGCAGGAACUGAAUGUGGAAACUGGUAUUUAUGCUUGCAUGCAGGGUAAAUGUUGUGAUGGCACUGAACCAGAAUAUCAAUAUGGUAGUGAGCAGGAAAAGGACAGAGAAAUGGAUACUUUGGUCCAAAUAGCUGCAGAGUCCCUUAUCCAGUUUUCUAUGGAAAAUUCACUAUGUUCUCAAGAUGGGUUUGCAAAGGCAGCAGAAUCAGAUGAAUUGUUAAACGAGGAGAAAGCGGAACAGCCAGAGUAUUCUUCUGAUUCCUUUGAAUCAAUCACAUUGAGAUUAACAGAAAGCAGUAUAGAUGAUUACUCAGUGUCAUCAGCGCCGGUAGAGGUAAAUGAAAUAGGAAAUAAGCCAUGUGGGUGGAACUUGAAGAGGGGGAGGAGAAUGAAAGAUUUCCAGAGAGAGAUACUGCCUGGUCUUGCAUCUCUUUCCAGACAUGAAAUCUGGGAAGAUAUAAAUAUUAUAGGAGCGGUUAUCAAGUCAAAGGAAUAUAAGAACAGAUCCAGGAAAGUGGUGGUCGGGGAUAACUGGUGUGCCCCUGUAAGAAGCAGAAGGUCGAAACUAAAUUAUGUUGGCCGAAGGAAUUAUUCAUGAAAGUUUACUUUAAGCUGGCAAAGGCAUAUAUAUACACAAGGAAAAUUGAUGGUUCUAUGAAUUAAAUUAAUAAUGUACUCUUCCACAGAUAAUUUACUAUGGGUAUACUGACGUGUAAAUCUUAGUUUUUCCAAUUUCUGAGAGUUUACUCAGUGUUUGUCUUCCAACCCUUGUCAGAUGGAAAAGGCUGCAAGAGGAUGGGCCGUAUAUUGGACUAACCAAAUUCAUGCCUGUAAAAGCAGGAGCGUUGGGGACUCUGCUGAAACGAUAUUUGAAGACUUUUUAAUGGUGUUCCUUCCUUA